AUGCGCACGCGCAUCUGGGAGGACGCCGCCGCCAUGAGCGUGGUGAGCGUGCUGGGCUUCAUCAUGAACGAGGAGGGCGAGGUCGUGGGCUCGGAGCGCACGCAGGUGCUGUGCAAGCUCAUGCCGUCCAUCCACACGCUGUCGCACCGCGCGAUCCUGGCGCUGCUCAUCACGCAGCUCAGCGACGCCGACGCCCAAGUGCUCUUCGCCGAGGGCGGACUGAAGGUGCUGAAUGCGUGGCUGGUGGACGGCGCCACUAGGCGGGAGGCGGGGCUGUCCAAGGAGAAGAAGAGGUCCGAGAUGUUCUCCCAAGUGCGGGCGUUGCUGCGGAUUCUUGACGUGAACGUGCAGACGGACGCGCAGAGGAAGCAGAACUCGUACCUGACAGCCACCUUUGCCAAGGUCAUCGAGCUGCUGGAUAAUGCCGGACCAGACUACGCGGCGGAGUGGAGUCGUCUGAAUAUUUACCGCCGCCACUUCGAGAGCUCCUGUGGCGUGCCCUCAACUGUGAAAGACGGACGUAGCGAGUCCCGCCGAGACGCUAGCAGCUUUGCGAAUGGCAGUAGCUCUCGCAACGGCAAGUCCUCGAGUGACAGCUCGUCGCAAAACUCGUUCCUCUCUUCGGCCACGACUGCCACAACGUCGACCAGCAGCAGUACGACGUCGUCUCGUAAGCCAACGAGUUCAGGAUCUUCAUCAGGAGCCACGUCCACGACGAGUUCGUCCAGCACGACCACAACUACCCACCGAAGGGCACCUGCGUCCGUGCUUCAGUACCAGCCGAAGUCAUUUCUGCAAAAAGACGGAGGACCCAAUAAGCAAGACCAGGACGAUCUAGAGGAAUAUGUGGAAGACGACGACGAGGAGAUCCUGCUUGCCGACGAAGGUGUGAUCACCAAUGUGAACCAGGCUGCGCUGAGUGCGUCGUUGGAGCAGAAAAUCAGAGGAAACGGCCACGAUAUGCAGUACGGGGCGCGUUCGCCCUGCCGGAAGUGCAAGCGCAUGGUCUCGAAGCGCUGCACGCACUGUGAGUUCUGUGCCAAGUGUGGGCAGAAGGAUCGGUGCGAGCCCAUCAGCGUGAGCCCAGCACCGUCGUCUGGAGGCAAUGGCAAUGGCAAGAAGGCGGUAGGAAAUGGUGUCGGUGGCAAGUCACUCUCAGUGAAGGACCGCAACGUACAAGUGCUAGGAUCGGUGAUGGACGCAGCCAUCUACCACGCCUUCCGUCAUGAGGACUUCCACUCGGUUUUCAGUCUAAUUCAGAACGGAAUGGACGUUAACUUCCAGCGCAUCGAGUCCGAUCGCUCGUCGGCCCUGAUGGCUGCAGCACACCACGGCCGCGAUGACGCUGCUAGCAAAUUGCUAAGCCUAGGCGCGAACCCGUGCCUUGAGGACCACACUGGCAACAAGGCGUGGAACUUUGCUGAGCGACGAGGGCACACGGAGCUGAUGGAGAAGCUCAAGAAAUGCUACGAGGAAUGGGAGCAGAGUCACAAGGACGCAGACGUGGAGAUGCAGCAGCCCUAG